ACCACUUUCAUCUUUGUGGCUGCACUGAUCCACACAGCGACCAGUAAGAUGUGACUAAUGAAAAAAAAAACAUAAAACAAACAGCAUUAAACAGAAACUGAACCAUUUAUAUUAGUGGACUGCCAGGUGGCGAUCAAAAGCAGCUUUUAGAGCUGUUAGUGUUAAAAUAAUCUUUAACUGUUAAACCAAAACUUCCUGUUUCCUAAAUGCAACUGUGUGUGCAUUACCAGACGCCGCUUAUUUUGGCUCUACGCAUUGCAUAGCUUGAACCUGGACAUUACAUAGACAUUGCUACCAUGGUGAUAAAAUUAGACAUCUGGCUCAUUAUGACACUGAAGAUCACACUAGCCCUUUGUCAAAAGGACACGACGAAUCUGAAGACUCAACCCUGCGAUAUACAUGAAAAUGUAACCACAAUGACAGUUGUGGUCGACUGCCAUGGACGUGGACUCAAAAAGGUUCCAGCAUUCUUACCGAACACAACCUACCUUGAUCUAUCUGAGAACAAGAUCAAGAACUUAACAGCAGCAGAUUUUCAAGACCUGGUGAAUCUGACCAAUCUAAAUCUAAACUGGCUCAAUAAGAAUAGGGAGGUUCUGUUUGUCGGCAGGGUGUUUUCGAAUUUGACCAAGCUACGUACACUGGAGCUCAACGGGAUCGGUCUAAAGGACGUACCAAAAGAUAUUCCAAAGGAUCUGCGAGAACUAAAGCUGAUUGAGAACAAGAUCACCCGGUUAAACUCAACAUCCUUCAGGCAUGUGCAAAAUCUGUCACUCAUCUACCUUUCGAGAAACUGCUACUACUGGAAUCCUUGCUCAAGAUAUUAUCAUAUAGAAGACGGAAGUUUUUCUGUCCUGACCAGGUUGAAACAUCUUACUUUGUCUUACAACAACUUAACUCAAGUCCCCAAAGGAUUACCUGUUUCAUUGAUGACAUUUGAGCUUGCUUCAAACAGAAUAUCGUACGUCGGAGAGCAUGAUUUCCGAGGACUCGACAAUCUGAUAAGUCUAAAAAUCCAAGGGAACUGCCCACGAUGUCACAAUGCUCCAUAUCCAUGCAUCCCGUGUAAAAAUGUUUCCAUUGAAAUUCAUCCACGAGCCUUUGCCGGCCUCCCAAAGCUGCGGAUUCUGCACCUCGCUGGGAAUUCGAUCGAGAAAAUCGAUCCUACUUGGUUUGCAAAUAUCUCAAAGCUCGAGGAACUCUACCUGUCGUUUAAUUUCUUGUUCAAAGCUGUUCAAGAUAAUGUUUUCUUGAAUAAUCUGCCACUGCUGACAAAACUCGACCUCUCGUUUAACUACGCUCUCAAGGCUUACCCCAACACAGUUACACUAUCGCCCAGCUUUGCAAACUUAACCUCGCUGAGGACGCUGCACCUUCGAGGCUUGGUUUUUAAAGAAAUCCAAAUCGAGACCUUCGGCUCUCUGUUUGGUUUACAAAAUCUGUCGGUGUUGGAUGUAGGAAUAAACUUUAUUGUCCGUGCACAAGCAAGCAUAUUUGAAAAAUUUCAACAUGUGAAACUAAUCUAUCUUUCAGAAAACAGACUUUACCCAGUGACCGUAAAUGGAGAGUUGCAUAAAGAUGCAGGCGUUGGUUUAAAAUCUUCAUCCAUGAUGCCUUCCAUGUCAGAACCUUAUCCUAAAGGAAAUUUGUUUGACGAUCCAAAAAAUCUUGUAAAACCAGAGUGCUAUGCCACCGGUCGUGUGUUGGAUCUCAGCAAAAACAACCUGUUCUUAAUUUCCCCUGAACAGUUUCAGUUUUACGGGAACAUAUCUUGCCUCAAUCUCUCAAGAAAUGGCUUCGCCACGGCUCCCAAUGGAUCUGAAUUCACAACGCUCCCAGACCUCAAAUAUCUGGACUUGUCCUUCAACAAAAUUGACCUGGCAUACGAUUAUGCUUUCCGAGAGUUACAGAGUCUUGAGGUGCUAGAUCUUAGUUACAACCCCCAUUACUUCACCGUGCAAGGUGUGACGCACAAUUUGAACUUUCUCAAAUAUUUGCCCUCUUUGAAAGUGUUAAAUAUGAGCUCCAAUAGCAUCUAUACAUUAACCACCAAAACCAUGUCAAGCAAGUCUCUUCAAGAGCUGCAAUUCCAGCACAAUAGCCUCGGCAAGAUGUGGAGGUUGAAAGACAGAACUUACGAUAGGCUGUUCAAAGACUUGACCAAUCUGACCUAUCUUGACAUAUCCUAUAACUAUAUUGAGAAGAUCCCUUUUAGGAUUUAUAAAAAUCUUCCCAGAACCAUUCAAAGGUUGCAAUUAAGCCACAAUCACCUGACGAACGUUAGCUGGGAAAUGUUGAGACAAUUCCCUAAUCUCCGAGAGCUCAUUUUAAGUAACAACAACAUCGAUAAAAUAUCUAGUAACUUGUCAAAUGAUGUUCCUUCUUUGGAGUUCCUUGAUCUGCAGCGCAACCGAAUAUACCAGCUUUCCAGUGGAUUCCUCCAGGGAGCGGUAAACCUAGAGAGGCUUGAUCUCAGCCACAACUACCUCAUAACAAUCAACCAGUCCACAUUUCCAUCUGAAGCCGAGAUUUAUCUAAAGACGCUGUCGCUCUAUGGCAACCCUUUCCACUGCACAUGCAACCUGCUUGAAUUCAUUCUGUGGAUUUACAAGACUAAAGUGAAGCUCCCCAGAUUGGUGACUGCAGUGACGUGUGCCAUGCCUGAAGAGAGGAAAGGUAAAGCAGUGAUAGGUUUCAAAAUUACAGAAUGCAUUGAUGACCAGCUGGCAUUUCUGGCGUACUUCUUCUCCACUUUUUGCAUUAUUUGCACUACUUUUGUGGCCGUCGCAAUGCACCUGUUCUACUGGGACGUUUCCUACUUAUUCUACUAUUUGAAAGCCAGAUUUACUGGGUAUCAGCAACUGAGCUCUGACAGCUGCAUCUACGAUGCUUUCAUCACCUACGACACCAAGGACACACAGGUGUCCGACUGGGUGCUCAAUCACCUGCGAGUGCAGCUGGAGGAACAAGGCGAGCGAUUCCUGCCCAUUUGCCUGGAGGAACGGGACUGGAUUCCCGGUUCUCCCAUUCUGGACAGUCUGACGCAGAGCAUCCAGCACAGCCGCAAAACCGUCUUCAUCCUGACCGAGCGCUACGUGAACAGCGGCUCCUUCAAGCUGGCCAUCUUCCUGGCGCACCAGAGGCUUCUGGAGGAUAACGAGGACGUGAUCGUGCUGCUGCUGCUGGAGCCCGUGUUGCAGAACUCGCACUUUCUGCGGCUGCGCAGACGGCUCUGCGGGCGCAGCAUUCUGGAGUGGCCGCAUUCGCCCUCCGCCGAGGCCUGGUUCUGGCAGUCGCUGCGCAACGCCAUACGAGUGGACAACCAGGCCAUUUACAGCGACCUCUACAGCAGAUAUUUCACCACUAUGUAGGAGGAAUGAUGCAUAAACUGGUUUGAGCUAUAGAAACAAAAUUAAUACCAUGUUAGUUACAGAAACAGAGCCCUGUGGCAAUUUGUGAAUUGCAUAGAUUCAAUUCACAUAGUAGAAAGCAUGAAUCUCGAUGAAAUAUUUUAUUAUUCUAGAUUUUUGUAGGCGAUAAAGUGAAAACAAAGAACAAAAGUAAACAAACUUGCACCAGAAAAUAAAUUUUUUUUCUGCACAUUUAAUCUAAAAUAAUAGGGUAGAAUGGGGCUAAAGGCGCCCCAAGGUAAAAGGUGCCUUUGAUAUUAUUUUCCUCUAAACCACUAGAUGGCAGAAAAACUUGGCGUAGCUCCUUCCAAAACAUCCGCUUUUCAAGAUGCACGUGCAAAUUUGUCUGAUCCUUGACGCGAUCGUGCUCAGCAGCGCAAAGUUGAUUCUGUGCGUACUUGAUCUAAUAUUUGAUGUUUUUUAAAAUGUUGUAAAUUUAAGUAGCAAAUGAGAAUCGCUAAAACUAUUGAAUAUAUUAUUAAGACAAAGGUCUUCUUUACGAUUUUCAGUUUUGUUUAAUUAAAGCAACAGUUUUUAAAUAACAAAAGAAUAUGUAAAAGUAUGGUAUUUGGGGUAAUAGGCGCCCCUUCUGUUCUCAAAGUAAUUAACAUGAUCAUUAAUAGAUCGCUGACUUUUCCAUUUGUUGACAUGACAUGGUUGGAUUCAGGUGGUAAAUAUCAUAUAUAUUAUGUAUGUGUCCAUAUUAGAGAUAAUCACCAUGUUUAGAAUGAAACCAUCAUAUUUAAAAACAUGAUAUUAAUCAUAUAAUAAAAUAUCAUUUGUUGUUACUACUGUAAAUAUAUAUUAAAUUAUUAUUGAAUCUCCUUCAAUGCUUUCAGAAUCAUUACUUUUUAAAAUGAUUUUGUUUCUGUAUUUUAAAAUGUGUUAUAUUAACAUAUUUUAAAGACAGUAUAUUUAUUGAACAAUAAUUAGUUUAUAUUUAUCAAAAUAAGCAGAAAAUAGUACAAACUUUGCUAAAGUGAUUAUUUGAACAAGUAUUAACUUAGACAUUAUUAAACAAAACAUUAUUUUAGCUGAAGUAUUUGUAUCGAUACCGUGUGCCCUGUGUGUGGGGUAAUAGGCCCCUCUUGCCACCGCAUACAUUUAUAAGAUUUUUAAACAAAAUAAACGACUUGUGUGGUUUAUUUUCACACAAAAUCUGUUGCUCCAUUAAUGUUCAGUACAAAGGUAUAUAUUUUUUCUGCAGUCAUAUACACUUUGGGCGCAGUGAAAAGCACAUUUUUUUUUUUUUUUUAGGGUGUGCCUUUAGCCUCAUUGUACACUACUAAUAAUUAGUUUUUAUAGCGCCUUUCCAAAAUCCAUGGUUGCUUAAGUUAUGAAAAAUAAAUAAAUAAAAAUAGACAAAAUAACAAACAUCCAUAACAGUACAAUGCACAGAGAAAAAUGUUUUAAGAGAUUUUUGAAAGAAAAUCUAACUUGUAAAAUGUUAAUGCAAUCAGUUGAAACAAAGGUAUUUAACAUUCAAACCAAACUUUUUCUUUUGCACACAAACACAUAGGAAGAUAUGAAGGAAUAUUAACAAGGAGCAUCUAUUUUCCUAAUUUACUUGUUAGUCUCUUUUUUUUUUUUUUUUGUAAAAUUUUAAUUUCAAAUGGAAAGGAGCUGGACUCGCAUGAUCAAUCU